AUGUUAAACAACGCAUAUCAGAAAGGAAAGAAAGAAAGGGGGUGGUGGGGGCGCUCCAGAACCGAAGAACCGAAUCAGAAAAUAAGAGAAGGGGGAACCGAAUCAGAAAAUGAGGGGAGCCGCGAGGGAAGAAGGAGGGGGAAGAGGGAGACGGCGCGGUGGGCGUCACUGCCACCAGAGCCGCCGUCGAAUCACCACGGGAGAGAAGGAGAGAGAAGCAGAACCGCGAAGAGAGAGAGAUCGACGGAGACGUUCACGCCGUUCGUCCUCUCUCACUCGACGAAACCCAAGGCCGGCGGUGAACCCAUCUUCUUGCAGCACCUCCCUAGCCGGCGAACCCCUUCCUCCCACCACCUCGUAGCGCCGUCGAAGCCUUACUCCCAGCGCCACCGGACCUUUCUUCCCAGCCCCUCCUCGCGAACAGCACCACCCAGCCCCAGCCAGCACCACCCUCGCGGUCGUAGACACUACACCACCCAGCAAUCCAGCUCCAUCCAGUGGCACCCCAGCGCCACCAAUAGGACCGAUCUGGCCACCCAUAGCAGUACUGCUGCGUUUCUGGCCUGGCCACCCACAACACAGCAGCCACCGGUUGGCCUUCUUCCAGUGCUCUUCCUCCUUCCCAUCCACUUGACUUUAGAUAUAAGAAGAGAACUUGGAAUCAAUAUAAUUGAUGAACAAAAGGUGCAAUUGUCUAAGGUAAUUGGUCUUUCUACACAUGUCUCGGUUGCGGCUUUUAGUUUCAAGAGAACUAGGUGGGCACAAUGUAUUUAUGUAUUGCCUGCAUUUUUUGUGAGAAAGUGCAUUUCAAUUGCAAGUUAUGAAGUUCUUUGUACUAUGAAAGAUGUCUUCAACAUUCUAAAUAUAUUGAUAUAAUGGUAUUAAAAAUAGAAAGGAAGAA